AUGGCGGGCGCCCAUUACUCAUCUGUUACUGUUCAUCUCCACCGCCACCAUCGUUUUUCUACUGCUAAUCGCAUCCUCAGAAGACCAUUUUUUGUAGUUUCGUCUAUCGCCGCUCCAUUUCCUACAAAACCCAUCAAAAGAAAAAACUAUCUCCGCCGAAAAAUCCUCAAAACCCUAAAGAAGCCCUUUAUUCCUAAGCUUCCCUCGACUGACCCCGUAAUUUCGAUCGAUUUUCCAACUCGCCGAGAAGAUGUCAAAGAGCCCGAAGAAAGAAAAAUUCAACAAUUUGAUAAGUUUGAGAAUCAGGAAUGGGUAGAAUCUGACAAAACAGAAAUUCAAGAACUUGAUAAGUUCGGAAAUCAAGAACUAAUAGAGUCUGAAGUUUCGGGCAGUUCUGUGGUGAUCGUUGACGGAAAUGUUGGUAGGUUUCAUAAAAGUACAUUGUUGAAUUUUGGGUUAUGGUUAGUUGGAGCUUUUGUGUUUCAUACUGUCUGUGCUGCUUGGAUAUUUGAUAGCAAAGAAAAUGAUGAAGAUGGGUAUUCGGGAUUGGACGAAAAUGGGAAAAAUAUAUCAAAAGUGAAGCUUUUUCUGGAUGGGAAUGGUACAGUGGGUUUUGAAAAUGGUGGUGUUAAUUCAGUCGUGGAUGUAGAUGAGGUGGAAAUAGAGAGAAAAAUCAAGGAGAUUCAAACAAUGGCGAGGGAGGCAAGAGCUAGGGAAAAACGAGAACUGAAAAACAAUGGUUUUGACAGUAAGGAAAAAGAUUACAUUGAUGAUGGAAAAUUUAUGAAGAGUGGGAUUGAAAAAGAGGUCGAUAACAGAUUAAUCAAGUUGCAAAAAAAUUUAGAGAAGUCUCACAAGAAGUUGCCAGUGUCAUCUGUUGGCAUUUUGAGGACAGCAGAUGAGAGAAAAAAUGGGGUUGAGAAGGAUAAAUUACACGAGAAAGAAGGGAAUGGAGCGUUGAUGUUUAAGAAGAAGUAUAAAUUUAAAGGCUUGGCGAACAUUUUGGAUGAAAAACCAAAAGGUUUUACAAAUCCGGAGUAUGAAAGUAUUAAUAAGUUCGAGCAAAAAGGAAACAUGGAGAAGGGGAGUGACUUGUUGAGAAAUGGGAAUGAUAACAAUGACAAAGGGGAUUCAAAAGGAAGUGAUUUGAUGCAUUUGGAGGAAGAUGUUGGAAAGAAAGGGACAUCAGAUGUCACCGUGUCCUCGAACAGUAUGACGAAGAAGUCAGUGAAAGAAAAGGGGACGAGGAAACAAGGAAAGAAGGGUGUUGCUAAACCAAAAGUGAAAAAUGUCAUUGUGCAGGACAAAAGUCACGAGAUCCCUACAGUUGAAUCCAUUGAGUCAAGAAAAUUAGAAGCAGAAUCUGCACCAUCCAAUAAGCUGUUAAAUGGAAAUUAUAGCUUAAAAGGGAAAGAAGUUGGAAACACUAAUGGGGCAAACAACAUGGAGGAUACCAAAUCUGAAAGUGAGACUGAUUUCUGGUGGUUGAAUCUCCCAUAUGUUCUAGGCAUUCUCAUGCAUAGUGGCCAUGAUGAUGAGGGAAGACAUGGACUUUACACCUUGAAGAGCACUUCUAAUGCAGGGGUUGACUUAUCUCAUACUGUAGCUUUUGAGGAUCGUGGUGAUGCUAACAAUUUCUGUUAUCUUCUCCAAUCUUACUUUGACGAUCUCAAAAACUUUGGUGCCGAGAUUGUUCCUCUAAAAGUUGCAGAUUUGAAUGAAGCCGUGAAAUCACGUACGGUGAGGUUAGUUGUCGUGAAGAAAGGACAACUUCAACUUUAUGCAGGGCAACCACUAGGCGAUGCUGAGAUGGCUUUGCGGACCCUGGUUAAAUGA